CGGCCACUGUACUACGUCACUGUCUAGCAACAAGAAGCAGAUUGUCAAACAGAUUUCCCAAAUGUGUGUUGCAAUACUUUCGUUUGAUUUGCCCCAUAGUUCAGACUUGGGGAGAUUUUAAAAGCAUGAUAACACAAAUCUCACCAACACCGGUAUCCGUUGAUCAAUGGAAUCCUUCAGUUAGUACAAGAUAGCGAAACGAGGCAGGCAGGCACGUAUACAUUGUUACGCUGACAAGCGGCGCAGUCUAAAAAACGUUGUUUUGUGCUCGGAAGCGACGACACUCCCAUCUUACUUACAAAGUUUAAUUUUAGUGCGAUUUUUUUUUUAUAUACACGAAACGUACACAGUGUUGCCAUCAUGUCAGACUUGGAGACCCUCAUUGUCACUUUCCAGGCGCAGCUUCUCGACGUGAUGGAGACGGUGAUGAAGACCGCCAUGUAUAAAGUCACACAGCUGGUAGAAGACGGGUUUUUGGAAGAAGUCAAGCGCAAGAACCAGGAAUUGGAGACCCUUAGGAUGAAGUUGGAGUGCGCUGAGAUGAAAUUAAGUGAUCAUUGUUUGAUCGAACGAAAAACAGAUGCCACGUUUGUUGUGAUUGCAAGUGAUGGCGAUGGCAGCACUUCAGAAGAAAGGCUUGGAGAGUCUCGUGGUGAUCUUUUGAUGUCCUGUUGUGACAAAAAUGAGAGGGAUUCUACUGAAAGAUGGGCAGGCAAUCAAAUAUGUGAAACAGAACCAACGGCAGAUGAAGCACCAACCAUUCUCAACCCAGAGAACGAUCCGCACAUGAUUAAACAUGCUGAUGGUAUGCCAAGUGUCGAUGUGAAGGAAGAAGUCAAUGAAGAGGGUUCCGAUUCUCCCGGUGUAAAUCUGACGAUAGAAGCAUAUCCUGGUGAUAGCCAGGAAACCGCUAAAGCCAAUGUGUUAUUAAGGAAAGACACGGCCAAAGACCUACAGGUAUCAAGUGUAUACAACUUUCCUUGCGGGCUGGAGAAACCAGAGAAAUCUGCAGAUGCGUCUGUGGAAAUGCACACUGGCUGGAAAGGCCUCACGCUUCAUCAUCACGUUGUUGGAUCUGACUGGCAAGGUGAUCCUGCUCAGAACAAUUCUUCUUUACAGCAAGCAAAGAAUGAUCUGGUGGACUUUGUUACUGAAGAUGGAAGGAGUCAUGUUCAUACAAGCAAAGAUCAGCUUUCUACCUGCAAGAAUCCGGAGUCACUAAGUGUUCCAGUUAAGCAGGAAGUUUUCAUGGACUCAGAUGGUGGUGGUGACAUGAAGAAUGUCAGCAAAAAGGGUUCUGCAAAGUCAGGAAUGGCAUCCUUCUCAUGCGCAGUAAAGCAAAAUCCAAACUCCCAUAAAAAUAUGAUGCAGGAAGGAAUGCUACUUUUUAAAGAUGCUGAAUGUCACAAGCCGCAGGCUCAGAUAAAACGCUUCAGCCGGCCCUUGAAAAAGCCCCCUCCCACACCGUUAAACAGCUCUCCAGCCUCGUCUCGGACUCACUCUCAGACUUUAAUCUUAAAUACCUUAAACAGAAUUCCCUCCACAUCUAAAACUACGCCCCCUACAGCACUUUCAGUCCAACGAGAUCACCUUGCAAACAGAUUAACCACAACGCUCUGGGUCAACAACAGAUCACAGCCUCCGUCGAUUAAUUCUCAACAUGCAUAUCUUUUAUCCCUUCCAGACUGCCCCCCGAUGUUCAGGCACUCCCUCCGCUGUGGCCAGUGUGGAAAAUCUUUCCCACACCCAAACAACCUUAAGGCCCACCUGCAGACUCACACAGGUGAGAGACCCUUCUGCUGCUCUCUCUGCGGUCGCAGCUUCACCAAACUGAGCAACCUCAAAGCCCAUCGGAGAGUCCACACCGGAGAGCGGCCAUACUGCUGUUUGGCCUGUGGCAAACGCUUCACGCAGAAAUGUAACCUCAAACGCCAUCAGAGGAUACAUGUUGACGGAUGAUGGACAGAAAAACAACUCCAAACAACAAUUUUGUCAGCAGAAAAUACUUCUUUUGUGUUAUAAAUAGAGGACAAACAAGGUGGCAAAUGUGUAAUUUAAAAAAGAUAGACCAAAUAUUUAUUCUGUGAAUAUAUACUCAUUUUGCCAUUUCCAUAUACUGUACUGAACUAUACAAUACUUAACAAAUUCAUCAGAUCUCCUGUCAUAAAGAGACGAGCAUCAUAUGAUUAAAUGUGGACUCUUUCAAUCGGACACUAUCAGUCCCCUUU